AAUCACAACGAAGACCGGUAGUCACAGCAAUGGGAAUUUUCAGGUGAGGUGUGCCCAUAGACUGUGUGAAUAGGACUAAUAAGGCGCUACCGCCAUUUUGAACCUCUGUUUAAAACACUGUUCGCUUUGUGUUGCAGCUUACCAUAUUGGUCAAAUUGUGCGGAAAACUAGCAAGCUGCUGAAAUAUUAUCGGUUGACUGUUCUGUAGCAAUAUGUCAUGUUUUGACCGACAUCCUUUCGUUGGAAGAAUUGUUUUGAUAUUAUGGAAAAAUGUCACUCAAUGUUUCCUAGUGAUAAAAAAAAGAUAUAUAUCUGCAUUCUAAGUUUAAAGGAUCUGAACAGGUAUUUGGGAAACACUGAAAAUGUUCAAUCGUCAAUUUGAUACUAACGUAGAAACAUAGGCCUGUGCUUCUAAAACAAGAAAAUCAUAACCCCCCCCCAAAAAAAGUACAGCGGAAUAACAGGAAAUGUGCGUUGAGAGGUUUUUGUGUGUAGGUUUCUGCAGCUUGGCAGUAGAGAGCAGGCAUAGCUUGUGUGUUAGGAGAAACUUUUUGUUCUUGACUCGUGCUGAAAAAAGGCUUCUAUACAAAUAUGUGCACAUUUAGCUAACCCCACGUUCUUAUUAUGAAUACAUUUUUUUCUCUGUUGAAAAGGGGCCACUGCGCUCCAUAGCUUGGUGUGGUUGGUGGGUUAUGGGAAAGGUAGGAAGGCGACAGGGCGAUACUCCACAAUCCAGGUUUUAUUUAAAGCUUCGUACACUGAACUGAAACCAGUCGAUAGGAAAUGCAUUGUUGUGUUCCUUGCUACACAAAAGGGACAUUCUUUUUUCUAUAUUUAAAAAGAAAAGACAUGAAAAUAAAAGCAAAUGUGGUGUUAAGUGAAUUUUUAAUAAUGUACAGUUUUUGUGACUUUAAAUUUGUUCCUUUCUAUAUUUUUAGGACCAAUCUAUCAUUUUUAAGAGGACGUAUUACGAGACCAUGUUGUAUCGAGGUGAUGUAACACGUGUGCAUCUGUAGAAUGUACUGUGAGUUGAAUAAAAAAAACAUCUAGUUGAGAGACGACACUCCAAAUGUCCCUGGGUCCUCAUUUCACUCCUGUUUUGUGUUUUAUUAAAUCACAGUAGCAGUCUCGUACAGUAGCCUCCGCUUGAAUGGAGGUGUAAGAGAGGCGCGGUGCACACUCGCAGACAACCCUAUGUACACCUCAGUACCCUGGUGAGCCCUGUCUGGAGCACAUGCUGCAGGGAAGGCCCUCCAGUCGGCGCCAGCUGGACUUCCUCUUCUUAAAUGGGACCAAGGGGGAAGAGGUCUCAUUUACACCUUUCACACAGAAACCAAAAAGGGGUGGAUCUUCACAGGGGUAUUUGUUUCCUAUCAAAGAUGAUGAGAAAAAGCAUCCAUUGAGCCAGCAUCACAAUAGGCGCCAUGGCAACUGCAUCAUGAAAGAGACUGUCUCCAUGGCGAUUCGAAUGGUACCUCACAAGUAGGUUGAUGAAAGAGAGAAAAAGGAGGAGGAGCUGGAGGACAUGCCAUGGUACGUGGGAGAUGAACAGUUACAUAUUAGAUCAUUGAAGAUAAACUUUAGAUUAGAUAGAAACCUUUGGCCCUUUUUAAUCCCGGUAAAGUGUUCAGUUCUUUUCCGUGUGGAAGGAUGAUGACGUCAAGGUCAACCUUUCACUGUCCUUCAGACAACCCUGCGCUCAUCCCGCUGUCACUGCAGCCUCCAUCUUUUUCUCUGCCUCUGUUUCUCGAUGCCAACAUGAUAACGUUGUUACAGCUAUCAAUCAUUUAAAAAAGUAUUUAUUACAAUAUGUGGUAUAGGUUGACCUUGUGGUUGGAUCCAGUCAAGCUGUACCCAUACACAGUUGCUGAUCAGUCCAUCCCAUAAUGUGGACGCUGUAAUUGUGUUUGAUAAUGAUUUGGCCUGUUCAUGAUAUGGCUCCUCUAGCUCUCGCCGUCUCUCCUCAGUAAUGGGCCUCUCCUCAGUGUCAUUGAUAUGAAAAUGAGUCCGAGGAGCUAUGAUGUGUGCCAGGUGCAAAGGACACUCCAGCUGAGCUCAGCCCAGGAGGAGAAGCCCUCGCUUGGGAAACAUAGCCUCAUACUGGGGGAGGGGGAAUGGUGACCAAAUGCACUUGGACAAUCACUCCACCUAAUUCAUAACACACAGGUAGGAGGAGGAGAAACGGAGAGGAAGGGAGUUUAGUAAAAGGAGGGGUGAGAGAGGGGGGUGAGGGUGAGGGGGGGGGCAGAGUCCUCUUGUGUUGUGGUUGGGCCACUCAGACGCUCCUCCAGGGAAAGGCCAGUCACACAGACGAAACACACGAACAGAAGGCGAGACAGACAGACAGAGAAAAGGAUCCUGCAGAUCGACAGGACAGAAGCACAGAAACGGACGGAGAGAAAAACAAGACAGAUAAUUACACACUCAAGCUGUUAAACAUGACACUGCGUGAGGUGAGUUUAAAAAAACAUAUUAUUUUUUUUUGUUCCUACACAACAUAGAAAGGCUUUAUCGAACAUUCAUAAAUAAAGUUUCCAUGAGCCCAAUGCAGAUGCUUACUUUUCAUAUAUCUUACUUCACCUGUAAUUAACUAAUGUUGGUCCAAGACAACAAAUGACGAUUUACAAUGACAGCCUUCUGAGUGUGGCUGUGUGUGUGUGUGUGUAUUAAAAAAAGAAAAUGCUUGGUUUUACCACCGGUUGGCAAGAAGUGAUUGGACAUUUUUAGUCAAGUUAUUUUAAUAACAUGAGCCUUUGAUCAACGUGGCGGUAAGGCCUCUUCAGACAUUGAUAAUGAUCAAUCCACAGGUUAGUUCCAUAACUUCAUAACUUGCUAGGCCAUUUGAUUUGGAUUGUGCCCACAUUUACCAUAAUCUAAUGAUAAGUGUUCAGGAUAAGCCGGAAUGGAAGUAUCAGAGUGGCGUGGGUUGGUUAGCAUGCUAAUAAAACUCAUAUUUGUAUAUUCAAGACACAGGGUUUGAUAUGGUAUUUACAAUGAUAGGUUAAUGCUAUAUCCUCCUGAGACCUGGAGAAAAAAAAGGGUUGGGAUUUUUAUUUUUUUGUGGGGGUAUAGUGCUUUAAAAAAACAUAGUUGCAAGCAUCCGGGUAUCCACUACAGAGGACAUUUCCUCUUAUUUAGCUCUUAUUUAAUGUGAACAAAUUAUUACACAGUCCUGACAACUCACUUAACUAUUCCUGAUAUAUUUACUUACUAGAAACAAUUUGAAUAUCAAACUCACAAAAAUGAACAUUAAUAAUUACAUACACUUCUUUUCAAAUUUCCAUAAAAUGUGUCCAUUUUGACAAGAAGACAUUUUUUAAAGAACUAGAGCUCAGAUUCACAAAACUUCUUACGCAAAAAAAUAUGUAAGCUAAAGAACUUCAUAAAAUAGUUCGUAAGUGCAAUUCCUCAAUGUCUUAAGAUUUAAUGAUUUUCUUAUGAACUUCUCAAAUAUCUUCUUACGAAUCUUCUUUAAGAUGUUUCUUGCUAGGCAACCAAUUUAGCUAGCUAUCUAGCUAGCAAUUAGCAUAUUUCUUGCUGAGAUUACGUUUCUAAAACCUGUUCUUGGGUUUAAAAUAAUCAAUACUGAAACUUUCAGAUGACGUUUGUGAGUGAAUUGAAAAUGUUCAAUUUGCUUUCAUGAGCUUUUUCUCUCACUGCCCUGAAUUUAAGACACGGGUUUAGCUGUCUUGGAAUUAAGAACAUGUCCAAUAUCAACAUGUCCUUUAUUUUGAAGAAUCUAAUUUCUUCUUGACUUUCUGCCUAAGAACAUUUCCAAUAACCUUUUGAAGGAAUAGCAACUUUGCUUAAAUUUCUUCUUAAGUCUAUAGUUAAGGAUAAAAUGGCAUUUAAGAAGGAAAGUCUUCUUAAAAAAGUUUUGUGAGUCCGGCCCCAGGAAGAUAAAGUUGUCAAGGUCACACCCCCACAUAUGUGAUAUGAUUGUAUGGCCUCAGAGAUAUGUAUGGCCUCAGAGAUAUGCACAAAGAACUGAUGUCCACUAGAGAGUACAAAAAAUGAAUAGCUUUGUCUCAGGAGGAUUAAAACAUGUGCCUCUGUUCCCUCUCCCUGAGGAGUUGCGUAGUCGUGAGUUCUGGCGUGCCAUGCUGGCCGAGCUGCUGGGUUCCCUGGUGUUUGUGAGUGCUGUUCUGGGGGCCUCUGUGCCGGGCCCUGGAGAGGCCUCCACGGGGCCCCUCUACCCAGCCCUGGCUGCAGGCAUGGUGGCUGUUGCCCUGGGACACUGUUUUGGAGAGAUCAGCGGAGCACAGGUGAACCCAGCAGUUACCCUGUCUCUGUUGGCCACGCGGAAGCUGGACCUGGUGAGGGCCCUGGUGUACGUGGGAGCCCAGUGUCUGGGGGCCUCCCUGGGGGCCGGGGCUCUCUACUUCGCCCUGCCCCUCAAAACCACCGCAGACUGCUUCGUCAGCAGGGUUCCUCUCGAGGUGAACGCGGCCCAGGCUCUAGGGAUGGAGCUUCUGUCAACGUUCCAGCUGGUCUUCACUGUGUUCUCCGUGGAGGACCACCGUCGGAGGGAGUACACAGAACCAGGGAACCUGGCCAUCGGCUUCUCUCUCAGCGCAGGCGUGCUCAUCGGGGGUCGGUUCUCUGGAGGCAGUAUGAACCCGGCACGCUCCCUGGGUCCAGCCAUCAUCACUGGCUUCUGGGAAAACCACUGGGUGUACUGGAUUGGACCGGUGCUGGGUGCAGUGCUGGCCGGGGUGUCCCAUGAGUUCUUCUUUGCCCCCAGUGCAUCGAGGCAGAAGCUGGUUGCGUGUCUGACCUGUAAGGACAUAGAGAUGGUGGAGGCAACCAGCGUAUCCCGGUCCUCCCUGUCCACCGUCACCCAGACCGCCAUGAGGGCUAAGCAGGUCAACAAACAGGAGCACAACUAGAAAGGGACACAACAAUAUAUAGUGGGGUCUGAAAUGAUUGACACCCUUGAUAAAGAUGAGCAAUAAUGACUGUAUAAAAUAAAUUAUUCAAAUAAUGAGCUAAAUUGACUUCAGAAGGUUUUCAUACCCCUUGACUUAUUCCACAUUUUACGGACUGAAUUAAAAAUCGAUUCAAUAGAUGUUUUUCUUACCUAUCUACAUACAAUACACCAUAAUGACAAAGUGAAGACCUGUUUUAAGAUUGUUUUUUGUGCUAAUUUAUUGAAAACGAAAUACAUAAAUGUCUCAUUUACAUAAGUAUUCACACCUCUUUGCUAUGACACUCCAAAUUGAGCUCAGGUGCAUUAAAUUUUGUGCUACAACUUGACUGGAGUCCAACUGUGGUCAAUUCAAUUGUUUGGACAUGGUUUAGAAAGAAACACACCUGUUAAUAUAAGGUCCCACAGAUGGCAGUGCAUUUCAGAGCAGAAACUAUACCACGAAGUCCAAGGAACUGCCAGUAGAUCACCGAGAUAGAAUUGUGACGAGGCGUAUAUUUGUGGAAGGGUAUAAAACCAUUUCUAUAGUGUUGAAAGUUUCCAAGAGCACAGUGGUCUCCAUCGUUGGGAAAUUGAAAAAAUAUGGAACUACCUAGACUCUGACCAGAGCUGGCUGUCUGACCAAUCUGAGCAACCGGGCAAGAAGGACCUUGGUCAGGGAGGUGACCAAGAACCCAAUGACCACUCUGACAGAACUACAGAGUUCCUUGGCUGAGAUGGGAGAACCUGCCAGAUGGCUAAGUCUCUACAGCAUUUCAUCAAGUUGGGCUUUACGGGAGAGUGGCCAGACAGAAGCUGCUCCUGACAAAAAUGUAAAUGACAGCACACAAAAAAGUUUGCGAAAAGGCCAAAGAAUCUGUCGUCUGAAGAGACAAUGUUACUACUCUUUGGCCUGAAUGCAAAGCGCUGUGUCCGGAUAGAACCAAGCACAGCUCAUCACCCAUCUAACAUCAUCCCUACCGUGAAGCAUGGUGGUGGCAGCAUCACGCUAUGGGUAUGCCGUCCAGCGGCAUGGACUGGAGAGACUGGUAAGGAUAGAGGGAACAAUGAAUGAAGCCAAAUACAAGCAAAUCCUUAAUGAGCACCUGCUUCAGAGUGCAAACGACCUAAUAUUGGGGCAACGCUGGAAUGGCUUCAGAACAAGAAUGUUGAAAGUCCUUGAGUGGCCCUGCCAAAGCCUAGACUUGAAUCUUAUUGAAAAUCUGUGGAAAUCUGUUCACUGCCACUCCCCUUCCAAUUGAACAAAGCUUGAAAAAAAAUAAUGGGUGAAAAUCCACAAAUUGAGAUGUGCAAAGCUGAUACCAACAUACCCAAGCUGUAAUCACCGCCAAAGGUGCUUCUACAAAGUAUUGACUCAGGGGUGUGGAUAGUUAUGUAAAUGAGACAUUUUUGUAUUUCAUUUUCAAUACAUUUGCAAAAAAUGUAUAAAAACACGUGUUCUACUCUGUCGUUAUGGAGCGUUGUGUGCAGAUCGGUUAGGAAAAAAAACUAUUUCAUCCAUUUUGAACUCAGACUGUCACACAACAAAAUGUGGAAUAAGUCCAGGGGUAUGAAUACUUUCUGAAGUACGGGAAAAUGAUAUUAUUUUAUACUAACACAAUUGCACAGAGAAAGAGAUUUAGUUUAGCAAGUAAUAUUAUUUUCCCUUUAAAAAGGUAGGGGUAAAAGUUAUUGACUCCUCUAAAGACUCUUAGAAAUGAAGUACUCAAAAGUUUAGUAUUUUGUCCCAUAUUCCUACCACGCAAUGAUUACAUCAAAAGCGUGUGACUUUACAAACUUGCUGGAUGCAUUUGCAUUUUGUUUUGGUUGUGUUUAAGAUUAUUUGUGUCCUAUAGAAAUGGUAAAUAAUGUUUUGUGUCGUUUUGGAGUCACUUUUAUUGUAAAUAAGAAGAGAAUAUGUUUCCAUUCACUUCUACAUUAAUGUGGAUGCUACCAUGAUCACGGAUAAUCCUGAAUGAAUUGUGAAUGAUGAUGAGUGAUAAAGUUACAUAGGGUCAAAGAUCAUACCCCCAAGACACGCUAACCUCUCACCUUUACCGAUAACAGGGGAUGUUAGCAUUCCUUGUGAGGUAUGAUCUUUGACCCUAUGUAACUUUAUCACUCAUCAUUAUUCUACAAUUCACCAGAAAGACAAGGCACUCUGGGAAAUAUGCAAAUAACACUAUACACUAAGCAGUGUAUUCAUUUAACACUGAAAAGUGUGGACCUGUAUAGACACUGGACCAGUGUUUCAUUUAACACUGGAGAAUUUUCUGUGUACAUUAGCAUAAGAUAAAUGCGAUAUUAUGAACUGGGUGGUUCGAGCCCUGAAUGCUGAUUGGCAGACAGUUGUGGUAUAUCAGACUGUAUACCAAGGGUAUGACAAAACAUUUAUUUUUACGUUGGUAACCAGUUUAUAAUAGCAAUAAGGCACCUCGUGGGUUUGUGGUAUAUGGCCAAUAUACCACGGCUAAGGACUGUAUCCAGGCAUCCCACGUUGCGUCGUGCAUAACAACAGCCCUUAGCCGUGGUAUAAUGGCCAUAUACCACACACCCCCCCCGGCCUUAUUGCUUAAAUACAUAUAAUAUAAAUAUACUUAUAAUGAUGAAGACAACACAGUUAUAGUUUCUAAUUACAUAUGAAUGUGUAGCCUUCACACUUAGCCACAACAUGUAAAAUUGUACAUACAUUAUAUAUAUUACACAAUUUGAUCAAUAUUCAGUGUUAUCAGUGAUGUUAUUCUAAAUUACGGAGAAAUGUGAUGUAUAACCCAACAACCACUCAAAGAAAUGUCCGUUUUGUAACACAGAAUCCUUUUAUUUUAGCAUUACUCACCCUGUCAUCUGUGACUGCUUUGAAAUGUUAAAGAGGCCAGCGUUCUGUACUCUGAUCACUGACACGCUAACAUAGGCCACCAUCUCUGUCCUCUCUUCCUAAGGCUCUCUCAUCUCAAAGCUCUUGUUAUUCUGCUAUUCACUGUCAAAUCAGUCCUCAGACAAGAGCCCUCUAAUGGCCCAGGUCUAAACAGGUUGUGGGACCAGCUUUUCACAGAAGCGUUCCCUACCCCCUUCUUCAAGAUUCUGGGGGUUUGUAAUUAGCAAUUGUAGGCGGAAAACAUUUUGGGGAGAUGAUGUACCUUUUUCAAUAUGUUUAGUUUUUUUGUUACCUGAAUUGCUAUGGAUGUCUCGUUGCAAAUGUUCAACUUUUUGAAUUGUUUUUGUUAACUGUAUAAAGCUAUGGAUGUUUAAGAAUUAAAA